CUACCCCUCCCUGAGCUUGGUCCUGCUGGAGGUCUCUUCCUGUUAAAAGGAAGUUCUUUUUCCCCACCUUCACUCAGAGCUUGCUCUAAGUGAGUUGUGUGUUGUCUGAUCGUGGGGUUAAGCUAAAUACCUGAAGACCCAUACUUUUGUGAACAGGAGCUAUAUAAUUCAAAUUUAAUGAAAAUGAACAAGCUGCAUUAUUUCAAUCAUGAAACAUAACUUUUUUAAUUUACUACAAUAUAAAUUAGAUGGACAAAAUAUUAAAUUAUUGUUGUUUGACUCCAUUAAUCCUGAACAUUUGGAUACUACAUCCAGCUUUGCAGUUUGGCUAAAGAGGACACCCAUCAUGAAUUUAAUUUCAUUCCCUAACUCAAGGGAAUAAGUUUACAGGUAGAGAUCAAAGAUUGUGCACAGGAAAGAGAAAUCUGGUUGCUUGUAAAAGAAUUUAAUCCCACAGUGUUUUCAGCAUACUAAAAGUGGCCAAAACCUGGACUUUGCUCUGAAACAUCAUAUAAAUGUAUGUUUCUGUGACUUUAAUUUCUAUGGCUAUUCAGCUAUUUUAACAUGAUCACAAAACUAACACCAGGAUUUACUAUGGUUCAUUUAACCCUCCCCAGCUGUGAUGUGAACACUUUACUAAAUUUACUUUUACAAGUAACUUUUUAAAGCACAUCCAAAUAUAUGGUAGAAGUCUGGAACAGUAGGACAGUAGUUUGUGAUAUUUGGUUGACAAAAAUCAAAGAAAAAUGAUAAGACUGGGUCCUCUAAACGGUUUUGUAGGAUUACAGUUCACUGUAGUCCUACAUUAACCUCUACUGGUCAAAUCUGGGAUUUCUCCACCUGUGAAACUUUUAUCAUUUCCUAAACUGACCUUGAGAGCCUCCACACUAUAAGUUGCUGUCCCAGCCUACCUGUCCUCAUUGCUGCUUCUUUCUAAAAGCAGACAGUUACACAUUUUGUUUACCCGCCAACCCCUUCAGGCUCACCCCAGUCCUCAAGCUGCUGCACCAAGCUAACUGGUAAGAUGAGUCUUUUGUUGACUUACCUAAAAUUUGACAAGAUGCAAACACCACACCCUUGCUGCCACUGUCAGCGAAAACUCUGCUUCAGCAGAAAAUUCUCAGUAUUCUGCUGGAAGUUCUCUACACAUCAGGACACAAACAACCAUAAAACACUCACACAGACUCUGUGUAUCUCAGCAGGACGAGGGAGAAGAAGAAAGGAAAUGUAGUGUAUUUGGAACUGUGGAAGCUCCCAGACCAGUCCUGUGUAUCAGGGAGACCAGCUUGUGAUCUGCUGCCCAUCAUCCGUCGACCAUGGGUGCAAAAUUCAGCAAACCUACAUCUAACCCACUGAGAAACGUGUUUUCCUGUUUCAAAUGUGGCCAAUCCAGGCAACCAUCCUUUUAUCAUAAUAUAUCCCCCCAACCGAGCAUCUUUGCUACACUAAAGAGGCGCAAUGUCCCCAGGCCCAACGAGUUCAUACAUCUUUUCAGCAACUGCAUCUCUGCUGCUACAGCCAGAACCCAAGAGUACCUCACCUUCAAGGAUCCAGAGGACAAGUUACGCCCGAGUCCUGAUGUGCUCACUCAGGUCUUCCUGAUGACCUACAUCACUCGGAGUGUUGAGGUCAACCUGCAGGAUACCCUUAACUGCACAGUCAUGACUCCUGAGCAGCGCGUCCUCCUGGGUGCUGACUGGGUUUGGGCAGUGCUGGAGAGGCCGACCAAGAACCCCAAGUUCCAGAUUGUCGUGCAGGUCCUGCACCUGUCUGAAAGGGAGGAGGCUGAGCAGAAGGUCUCUAUGGACACCUGCAGUGAAUCCAUCCAGAUGGCCCAGAUGGAGUCCAGCAACAAUAACAUGUACGAGAGAAUGGUGAACUUCUGCACCUCCAUCGGCAAGGACUGCUACGCUCUCUUCUUGUUUUUUGGGAAAAAAACCGACAAGGUGAAUAUCUAUGGCGUCCUCAGCAAUAAUUUUGAGGCGGCCAAAGGAAAAUGCAGGAUUGACAGACCUCUGAUCGAGAACUUCUUUAAAGGUUUGAGGUAUCUCCAUACGCCUUUAGGAAUGAUGCAGGCGAUUAUGACCAAAAAUAAAGGCGAACCCAUCACUGUCAUGAUUAAAUUCAGCUGAAUCACAGUAAGACGAGCAAGCUGAGCUACGUAGUUAUGUUGUAUCGAAGAGGUCAAAGGUCACACAAAAUCUGGUCCUCUCUGUCUGUCCUCUCCCCCUUCCUCUUCACCCUCUGCA